AUGGCUCGACUGUCGUACGAGUGCGUCAACGCGACCAAAGCCGAGGACCCGAAGCCGUUUCCCUGCUCGUCUGAGAAAAUGUGCCUGUAUUGUCCCAACCCCCAGUGUUGUUUUAUUAUGCAGCGGAGACCGCCCAAGCACUUUUGGGAGACUUGGUACUUUUGGCUCGGAGUCGUGCUCCUUUUGAUCAUCGUCCUGUCCACGGUGGGGACGUACGUGGUGAGCAGCUGCAAGCACAACCUCCAGGCGAUCGGGUACAGCGUCGGUAGUCGGAACAACGCCGGCAGCGGCAACUCGAGGAUCUCGACUAUAUCGAGGUCAGUUGCCGAUGUCGAGGAACAACAACAGCUGGAGGAGCCCAACAACAGGCACGAGAUUUCCAUAAACAUCAUACCGACCUCCGCUGUGCUGCCGACGCACAGGAAGAUCAUGUUCAUCGCCCCGCAGUCGAGCUACGCUCACCUCACACCGAUCGUUGCAUGACACUCGGCGAUCCUCCAA